AUGCGAAUUAUUGCGGCUUACCUGCUUGCAGUUCUUGGCGGGAACUCCUCCCCCUCUGGUUCUGACAUCAAGAAGAUCCUCGAGUCUGUCGGCGUUGAGGCUGAGGAUGAGAAGAUUGAGCUCCUCGUCGGCGAGCUGAGCGGCAAGGACGUCUUCGAGGUCAUCGAGGAGGGCAAGAAGAAGCUCGGUGCCGUGCCCGUCGGUGCUGCUGCCCCCGCUGCCGCCGCUGCUGCCCCCGCCGCCGGUGGUGCUGCCCCCGCUGCCAAGGCUGAGGAGAAGAAGAAGGAGGAGGAGGAGGACGAUGACGUCUUCGGUGAUGGUGGUGGUGAUGGUGGUAUGGGUCUCUUCGGCGGCGAUGAGGAGGACUACUAA